UCUCUUCCUCCUUCUCUUCACCAUUGAUUCCUCUCAGAGCAAAAGCUUCUUCCAUUUUCUUCUUCAUACGAUUCGUUGCUUUCGAAUCUCUAUCACUUGGUCUCGUUUCUAAACGAUUCAUGAACAUGAAUUUUUCGUUUUGUUCAACUUCUUCUGAGCUUUCAUAUCCAAGUGAAAAUGUUCUGAGAUUUUCGGUUGCAAGGCGGUUGUUUUCUCCUGAAUUGGUUAAGUUCGAUGAAAAAUGGAAGAAGGGUUUCAUUAGUUUACCUUGUCGUGGUACGAGGAAGGUUCUUGCGACAAGCCGUUUUGUGCCAGGACGUUUGGAAGAUUCGUCGAUUGUUAAGAAGAGUUUACCGAUAAGAGAACCUGUAGAGAAUCUUGGUGUUGUUAGGACUUUGUUGAUUGAUAAUUAUGAUAGUUAUACAUUCAAUAUAUAUCAGGCACUGAGUACUAUUAAUGGAGUGCCUCCUGUGGUUAUUCGAAAUGAUGAGUGGACGUGGGAAGAAGCUUACCAUUACUUAUAUGAAGAUGUUGCUUUCGAUAAUAUUGUCAUAUCGCCUGGACCUGGUUCGCCGAUGUGUCCAGCUGAUAUAGGAAUAUGUCUUCGUCUUUUGCUUGAAUGUCGUGAUAUUCCAAUUCUAGGCGUCUGCCUUGGCCACCAGGCACUGGGUUAUGUCCAUGGAGCUCAUGUGGUGCAUGCCCCGGAACCAGUCCAUGGACGGUUGAGUGGGAUUGAACAUGAUGGCAACAUAUUGUUUUCUGAUAUUCCAUCUGGGAGAAACUCUGAUUUCAAGGUUGUUAGAUACCAUUCGCUGAUCAUAGAUAAGGAAUCACUACCAAAGGAACUUGUACCGAUAGCGUGGACGAUUUAUGAUGACACUGGCUCUUUCUCUGAGAAGAAGUUGUGUGUUCCUGUGAAGAACAUUGGGAGCCCACUGAAUGGAUCUGUCAUUCCUGUUUCAGAAAAGUUGGAAAAUGGAAGCCAUUGGCCUUCGUCCCAUGUUGAUGGGAAACAAGAUAGACACAUUCUCAUGGGCAUCAUGCAUUCUUCUUUUCCCCAUUAUGGUUUACAGUUUCAUCCAGAGAGUAUUGCUACUACCUAUGGUAGUCAGUUAUUUAAAAAUUUCAAAGACAUAACUGUGGAUUAUUGGAGUCGGUGCAAAUCUACAUCCCUGCGUCGAAGAAACAUAAAUGACACUGCAAACAUGCAGGUGCCUGGUGCUACUCAAUUGCUGAAAGAACUUUCCAGAACUAGAUUUACAGGAAAUGGUUCUAGCUAUUAUGGGAACACUGAGAAGUCUCUGUUUGCUGCCAAGACAAAUGGUGUAGACGUCUUCGAUCUGGCGGAUUUAUCAUAUCCAAAACCUCAUGAAAAAUUGCUGAGGUUGAAAUGGAAGAAGCAUGAACGUCUUGCACAUAAAGUUGGUGGAGCAAAAAAUGUAUUCAUGGAACUCUUUGGCAAGAAUAAAGGGAAUGAUACGUUUUGGCUGGAUACUUCUUCUACUGACAAGGCUAGAGGACGAUUUUCUUUCAUGGGCGGUAAAGGUGGCUCUCUCUGGAAGCAAUUGACAUUUAGUUUAUCUGAUCAAAGCGAGGUUACAUCAAAACAUGCGGGAAAUCUUCUGAUUGAAGAUUCUCAGAGUUCUACUGAGAAAAGAUUCUUGGAAGAAGGCUUUCUUGAUUUUCUCCGGAAGGAGCUUUCAUCUAUCUCUUAUGAUGAGAAGGACUUCGCAGGGUUGCCUUUUGAUUUUUGCGGUGGAUACGUAGGUUGUAUUGGGUAUGAUAUUAAAGUGGAAUGUGGAAUGCCAAUUAAUCGUCACAAAUCCAACGCUCCAGAUGCAUGUUUCUUCUUUGCGGAUAAUGUUGUUGCCAUUGAUCAUCAACUUGAUGACGUUUAUGUAUUAUCCCUUUACGAAGAGGGAACCGCAGAAACCUCUUUCCUGAAUGAUACUGAAGUGAAGCUCAUUAGCCUGAUGGGUUCGUCCACAAGAAAAUUUGAGGAUCAAACUCUUCCAGUUAUAGAUUCAUCUCAAUGCAAAACAAGUUUUGUUCCUGACAAAUCCCGAGAGCAGUAUAUAAACGAUGUUCAAAGCUGUAUGAAGUAUAUCAAAGACGGGGAAAGCUAUGAGCUUUGUCUCACUACUCAGAACAGAAGGAAAAUAGGCAAUGCUGAUCCUUUGGGACUUUAUCUCCACCUGAGAGAGAGGAAUCCAGCACCAUAUGCAGCCUUUCUCAACUUCUCAAAUGCAAAUUUGUCUUUAUGCUCUUCUUCCCCUGAAAGGUUUCUUAAGCUGGACAGAAAUGGAAUGCUAGAAGCAAAGCCGAUUAAGGGUACUAUAGCUCGUGGCUCCACGCCUGAAGAAGACGAACUUCUUAAAUUGCAAUUGAAACUCAGUGAGAAGAAUCAAGCCGAGAAUCUGAUGAUUGUUGACCUUCUGAGAAAUGAUCUCGGUCGUGUAUGUGAGCCAGGCUCAGUCCAUGUGCCUAACCUCAUGGACGUGGAAUCAUACACAACAGUACACACUAUGGUGAGCACGAUCCGCGGACUGAAAAAACCAGAUAUUAGUCCAGUGGAAUGUGUACGAGCAGCUUUCCCUGGCGGUUCAAUGACUGGUGCCCCAAAACUAAGAUCUGUCGAGAUUCUCGAUUCUCUAGAGAACUGUUCAAGAGGCCUUUACUCUGGUUCAAUCGGGUAUUUCUCGUAUAACGGUACGUUUGAUCUGAAUAUUGUGAUAAGAACAGUAGUAAUUCAUGAAGAUGAAGCUUCCAUUGGAGCAGGAGGAGCAAUAGUUGCAUUAUCAAACCCAGAAGAUGAAUUUGAGGAAAUGAUUCUUAAGACUAAAGCUCCUGCUAAUGCAGUCAUGGAGUUUUGUAGUGAUCAGAGGAGACAAUAGUUUUUUCUCUUCAAAGUUCAAAACAAUUGUUUUGGUGUGUUUGUGGGUUUAAAACAGUUAUCAUCAUCUGUUAUUUUUUAAAAUUUUAUUUGCAAUUUUUAUAGGAAAAAGAGUGAUUUUACCCCAAAUUCAAAAACUAACUAUAGUUGUAAGAUUCUUUUUUAAAGAUAGUUAUUUGAUUGAUGUCUCUUUAAUAAAAGUUUUUAUGAGUU